GUACGCGCGUGACGUGACCGCGGCGAGGGGCGGGGCGGAGAUCGCUCGGAAGAGGCUGGCGUCCGCGCCGGGGCGGCGCGCGCGUUCUUGGUUGACACAGAGAUGACAAGUAUCUUGGCUGAAUGUUCCAACAGAAGGGAUCAUUAUGAUCCUGCCUCUACAGGAGUGUGAGCAACACUGCUGCAGCAGCAAAGGCUCAGGCCCACAUCCUGGGAAGGACAUGGCCACUCCCUGGGGUGCUGUCUUCUUCCUGCUCAUGAUAGCCUGUGCUGGCAGCACUGUCUUCUACAGAGAACAGCAGACUUGGUUCGAGGGCGUCUUCUUGUCUUCCAUGUGCCCCGCUAAUGUCAGUGCCAGCACCUUUUAUGGAAUUAUGUUUGAUGCGGGCAGCACGGGAACUCGGAUUCAUGUUUAUACUUUCGUGCAGAAAGCAGCAGGACAGCUCCCCUUUCUGGAAGGUGAAAUUUUUGAUUCUGUGAAGCCAGGACUUUCUGCUUUUGCAGACCAACCCAAGCAGGGUGCUCAGACUGUUCAUGCACUCUUAGAGGUGGCCAAAGACUCAAUUCCCAGAAGUCACUGGAAAAGGACCCCAGUGGUUCUGAAAGCAACAGCUGGACUGCGUUUACUGCCUGAACAGAAGGCCCAGGCUCUGCUCUUAGAGGUAGAGGAGAUCUUCAAGAUGUCACCUUUCCUGGUCCCAGAUGACAGUGUUAGCAUCAUGGAUGGGUCCUAUGAAGGCAUAUUAGCUUGGGUCACUGUGAACUUUCUAACAGGUCAACUGCAUGGCCACAGCCAGGAGACUAUGGGGACCCUUGACCUGGGGGGUGCCUCCACCCAGAUCACAUUUCUACCCCAGUUUUCGAAAACCCUGGAACAAACACCUAGGGACUACCUCACUUCCUUUGAGAUGUUUAACAGCACUUUUAAGCUCUAUACACAUAGUUACUUGGGAUUUGGAUUGAAAGCUGCAAGACUGGCAACCCUGGGAGCCCUGGAAACAGAAGGGACCGAUGGACAUACUUUUCGAAGUGCCUGUCUACCAAGAUGGCUGGAAGCAGAGUGGAUCUUUGGGGGUGUGAAAUAUCAGUAUGGUGGCAACCAAGAAGGGGAGAUGGGCUUCGAGCCCUGCUAUGCAGAAGUGCUGAGGGUGGUGCAAGGGAAACUGCACCAGCCGGAAGAGAUUCGGGGAAGCUCCUUUUAUGCCUUCUCCUACUAUUAUGACCGAGCUGCCGAUACGCACUUGAUUGAUUAUGAAAAGGGUGGUGUUUUAAAAGUUGAAGAUUUUGAAAGAAAAGCCAGGGAAGUGUGUGAUAACUUGGAGAGCUUCACUUCAGGCAGUCCUUUCCUAUGCAUGGAUCUCAGUUACAUCACGGCUUUAUUAAAAGAUGGCUUUGGUUUUGCAGAUGGCACCCUUUUACAGCUCACAAAGAAAGUGAACAACAUAGAGACGGGCUGGGCCCUGGGGGCCACCUUUCACCUGCUGCAGUCUCUGGGCAUCUCCAGCUGAGGCUCAGCGUGCCCUUGGAAACCUGCACUUCUGAACUUCUUUUUACAGGAAGGAGAGGACUCGGGCAUUUUCUGAACUACGCUGGCGAAAGCCUGGCCUGAAACCCAUUGACUGGCUUUAUUAGGAGGGAGGGGGUUUAUAAUGAGUGUUGCCCCUUGAGCCUAGUGAUUUGGUCUUAAUCAGUUUUGCACAUCUAAUGUGAACAGCUCCCUAACCACUUGGCAGGUGCACAGCUGGUGCCAGAGUACAAAUCUUUUGAGAUUCUUUGUAUGUCACAGAGUCUGUGAAGAAAAAAGAGUAGGUUUGGAACUCCAUGUUAGAUUGCGAGUUCAGAGAUGGGUCAUUGGGAACCAAAGAAAAAUCUCAUUUCAACCCUUGGAGUGCCUCAUUCCUUUGGAUGUUUUAGUUUUUUGCUUAUCAGCUAAAUUAAGCUGACUUAUUGAAGUCCCAUAACCUAUCAAUACUGGUAUUAUUUUAUUUUAUUUUUUCUCCUACCCUUAUUACAUUCCUACCCUAAGACCCAAGGUGGGAAAUACCUAGUUUUGUUUUCCAUCUGUAAUCAAAGGGGAAAAAGAUACUAUAUUAGAAUUUAUGUGAUGACUAUGACACAGUAGAUCAACCAACCAGUUUAGAGUUUAAAGUUGUCCUGGGUAUUUAAUUUUCAGAUAGGGGUUAUGUUAUGUUGCCCAGGGUGGGCUGGUACUUACUGUGUAACCCAGGUUACCUUGAAUUAUCAAUUCUCCUGCCUCAGCCUCCUGAGUCUUGGGGUUACCGGUGUGAGUCAUCAUGCUCAUCUCAUGUUAAAUCUUAGCAAGAUGGAGAAAGUACCUCUUUCACUGUGCCUAGAUUAGAGCUGUAAGAAAGAGGGCCACCCAGCGGCAAGGGACAGCUGUUGCAGAGCGUGGCUGUUGCUUCCUUACUACCUUGACUUCUCAGUCCACUCUGGGCUAGUGCACACACAGGCUUAGAGAUGUGUGCAUGCCCAGUGCACUGCUGCCCAGGCCAGUGGGUUUGAACUAGUAUCUUUGUAUUUCUGUGAAAUACAUCUGCACUGUAGUUUUGGUCUGUGGUUAGAAGUUAGUGUGUGUGCUGUUUGAGUCUAGAGAUUACCAACACUGUCACUUUGUCUUUUGAGGGUCAGGUAUGGAAAGUGCUGGGGAUUGAACUCAGGACUUCUUGCAUGUUAGGCACAAUGUGCUACCACUUUGCUCUUAAUAGUAGUGCUUUCCUGCCUGGGCCCUUGCCGAUUUUUGCUACUAUUUUCUGAAUUUAUUGUCUAGAUCAGGAUUUCAUAUCCCCUUUCCAGUGAGACCCAACAUUUGAUUUCAUUGGCUAUUUUGGCCCAUGUCAGAACAAGGACUAAUACUUCUAGAGAACCAUGUUUUUUCUCUCAGGCCACGCUUUGUGUUGAGAUUGAACACAGGUUGAAAUGCAUACUAGGCACAGGUGCUCUACUACAUUAUAAAGUCAUUAUCUUAAAUUUUUUUGCCAGGCAGUGGUGGCGCACACUUCUAAUUCUCGCACUUGGGAGGCAGAGGCAAGUAGAUCUCUGAGUCUGAGGCCAGCCUGGUCUACAGAGUGAGUUCUAGGACAGUCAGGGCUGCCCAGAGAUACCCUGUCUUGAAAAAACAAAAACAAACAGUCACCAUGCCGUUUCUUGUGUGACUGUCACUGGCUUGCCUCCUGCUCAGCCCUGGGUUUGAAACGUCUCUGCUGCCCAGCUCCUCUCUCACAGCACUUUACCCUUCCUCUUCUCUUUGCAGGGAAGUCACCCCCUCCCUUCCACUCCUCCCCAAGGAUGUGAAUAGGCCUGGCCCCUGGCAGGCCCUGGGAAGCUUCUUUUGGAAGCCAUUGCAUUCAGUCAGUGCGUAUUAUUGACUGCUGCGUAAAAAAAGUAGGCAAAUGUGUACCCCCCCAAUUUUAGGAGUUUUGUUAUAUUUUGAUUAAAUGUGGAAUUUCUUCAGAUUUUCACACUGUAAUUAUGUCUUGAGACCAGUUUCACUGUUGCUUAAGUUAGCCUUGAGUUUCUUGGACACAUGUGAUCUUUCACCUUAGACUCCCGAGUAGCAGAGACUAUAUGCUGAACCUGGCACAAACUUCUAUUACUAAGUUCACCUUCACUUAUUGUCUCCUUCAAAACAAUGCUCCCAGGCACACCUUGAAUCCCAGCAUCUGGGAGACAGAGGCAGGGGGAUCUCUUGAGUUCAAGGUCAGCCUGGUCUACAGAAUGAGUUCCAGGACAGCCAGGGCUGUUACAUAGAGACACCCUGUCUCAAAAAAACAAAAUAAACAAGAAACCCACAAUGCUCACACAUAAUGAAACAGCCCAAAGAUAAAAUCCAAUUUCCUAUGUAAUGCCUACUCUGUGUAUCUAGCAGGGUUCUCCAUCCAACUUGCUACGUGUUUGCAGGCAGCUCCUUUCCACUUAGAAGGUCACUGGUUUUUAUAGCUUCAUUAGCUGAGGGCUACCUCCUUUCCUUCCGUCGUCUCCUGUCUCCUACUCCAAAACCUUUUAGAAUAUUUGAAGAAACUAAGCUUUUAGGCUUAAAAAAAUGAGGCAUACUUUGUAGACUGUUUACCAGGUCUACUAAAAAAUUUAUUAGACUUGUCAUAGUCCACUAAAUGCUGUGUCAGUUGAGAGAAACCAAGCUGCUUCCCCCAAGAGUAAGCGCUACAACAGGCCUUAUAAGCACAAGCCUGUAAUUUUAACUAACUUGGAGUUGAGGCAGGAGGAUUACAAGUCAGACUUGCUACAUAGCCAUUGGGAAACUCAGUAAGACACUCAAAAUUUUGAAAGGGAGAGGGGUUUCAAGAUUUCAGUGGGGCUGAAGAGAUGGCCCAGAGGUUAAGCGCAUUGGUUGCUCUUUCAGAGGCCCUGAGUUCAAUUCCCAGCAACCACAUGAUGGCUCACAACCAUCUAUAAUGAAAUCUGUAUACAUAGAUUAAAAAAAAAAAAGACUGCAGUGGCAAAGCAUGUUAGGUCCUAGAUUCAGUCCCCAGCACUAAAUAACAAAGCAGACAGCUCCAGCUGACACGGGAGUUCCUGGUCUUUCUACCACAGACGGCAUCUGAAGCUUCAGACACAGGCACCGCAGCUGUGAAGUGAAUAGUGUCCCAGACUCCUUCUGUUACCUUGGAUACUGCCAGCUGCCUCUUAAAUAGAUGUUGGUGGACUGUCACCUCAGAAAUUUUCUGCAUAUAUCCUGCUAAUCUUGACCAGUGUCUGGAGAUUUACCAGUUUGUUCUUUUUAAUACAAUUUGGAGUCUUAACUUUUCUUAGGGGAGAAAAAAAAGAUAUGGGCCUUUUUUUGUUAUUGUUUGAAACAGUUUCUCUGUGUAGCCCUGGCUGUUCUAGAACUCACUCUGUUGACCAGGCUGGCCUGGAACUCAGAGAUUCACCUGCCUUGCCUCCCUAAAUACUGGGAUUAAAGGCGUGUGCUGCCACCACCUGGCAACAUGGUCCUUUUUUUUUCUAAGGGGGUCCUAUGUGUUUUGAUGUUGCUGGCAAGUCUCAUCUCUGUGAAAAUGUAAAUAUAUUUUAAAUACCUGGGAUGUAGUCUUGUCUAUGGUAGAUGCCGACCUUGUCAUCCUCACUAUUAGGGAUGCAGUCUGGUACGUGGUGGAUGUUGUAUGUGUUAUCACUAUUAUAUGAAGGACAUUAUAGAUGUCCUUUUGAAAGUGUGCCUUAAAGUUCUCAUCUCUUUAACUCCCCCCCCCCCACACACACAUAUAUUGGAGUCAGUAUUCUUAUCAGGGCCAACUUUCUGCAAAAGGUGACCUUGUCCUGAUAGUCUCUGGCCAUUAGUUUUUCCCAGCAGCUGCAAUCUUUUAUUCUAGGGACAUUUUCUGGGUUUACUGACAUCACAUUACUGACAUCUGUACUAAGUUUUCCAUAUUGUUUAAAAAGCUGUCUUGUUGCAACAGCUGUCUUAACCCUUCAAAAACUAUUCCAAAACAGUUUAGCUUGAUUGAAAAGGAGAUUUUAUUUCAUCUUUUCAAAACCCUUCUGGGCAAGACUUUCUUAUGUAACACAGGUAAAGUUCUCUUCUGGAGGCCUCUCUGGUGCUGUGCAGUAAGUGUUUUCAAAAGUCCAAGUAACAAAGCACUCCCUGUUAGCCGCCUGCCCUGCACAUGGACGGGUUGUUCCUGAGGCCUCGGCAGCAGCAUGUGCAGUGUGGUUGUUUAUUGUUUUAGUAGCAGGAUGAACAGAGGAUGACGUCACAGAGGAGGCGUAAGCAGAGCUGAGCUGCGGUACUGUGAUAAGGUCUAUAGUGUGAGUAAGACCUGGCCGUUACUUGUCUUCGCUUCCGCCUUAAAGCCCCGUGUACUUUGUCAAGGCCAUUUGUGUGUAACUGGCAUGCCGGUGUUAAUUUUAAAACAACACUCUAACAAAAUGUGCCAAGUAUUUCUAACUCUGUCAAGAUAAUUGUAUAAAUUUGUGACAGCAUUAAAGUACUCUGUUUAGAAAA